AUGAAUUUUGCGAAUCAGCCCGGCAUUGUCCGACGAAAACACCCUCAACAACCCGAUUUACCACAAUAUCAGCAGCCGGUAGAGGAGCCAAAAGUACACGGAAACUUGCCUAUUGCUUCACAGUUUACGCAGUUUACUCAAAACUUUUGGAACACUGCUCAUGUGAGUUUAAAGUUUUGUGUUAUAUUGUUUUUGAUGUUUAGGUGAAGUUUGGUUGAAUACGAUGUCAAAAUGAAAGUAUACGUCAUGAAAUUUUGGUAUAAGUAGCAUAAAAUAUCUGAGAGAGUAUAGAAGAAACAAAACAGCCGAGACUUUUGAAAAUUUGAAGGUAUUGGGUUGCAAACUUGUUUUGCCUAUAAUACCUUCCUCAUGGUGAAGAUGCUAACAUAUCUUUUGUCAUAACUGUCAUAAUGUUUUGAGGUUUUGCACAAACGUGCAUCAGACAUUUGCCUUAAACGUCUCAAAAAUGCAUUUGUAUACCUUAAAAACUAAAAAUGAUAUGGCACUUAUAGUAAUGACUAUCUAGCACCAAAAAUGGUUUUUUAAAUAAAAUCUGAUAGACCUUUUUUUACUGUUUGUUAUUAUGUGGGAAACAAAUGUGGUGGAAAAUUGAGGUAAAAAAAUGAGCGAAGUUCGAGAGAUUUUUAUCUUUUCUUUGCAAAAAAGGGAAAAUUUAUAAAUACGUGGAAUGCGAGGAGGAAAAACGAAUAAAUUUAUUUUACUUUCUUUUUAUUAUUAUCUUUUUUUAUUUUAAAUUUUAGUUUAAACUUUUGGAUAAAAAAUAAAUAAUAUCUUACUUUAAUUGCCAUUUUAGAGCCAUAUCCAGUCGCUGACCACUGAGCCAGGUCAUCUACAUCUACCGCCAGCUCAAUUGGAAGAAGUUGAGGUUAUUCCGUUGGAGUGCGUCGAAAUCAUGCCUCACACUGAUCGAACGGCCGAAUUUCGAACUGUGGCCAAGAGCCGACAGGUACGUUUUACUUUUACUUAGUUUUUGAGUUUUUAGGUUUAGAUAUGAAGGGAUGGUGAAGAUUUUAUCUUAUACAUGAGGUUAGAUGUAAAAAUUUGAUGUAAAAUAAGGUUUUUGGUGUUUUAAAGAAAGAAAGCAAAUUUAAAAUAACGAUUUUAUCAAAUUAUAUUUAGAUGCGGAUACAAGCUCAGAAUAAAAAGUCUGGAGACCGUGACAGACUGAUCCAGAAUCAAAUUCAGUUCAACCAGCUAUCAAAGUAAGGUGUUCUUUAUGUUGGUUUGUUUUAAUGUCUGACAGAGGCUUUCUAUCGUUCUUAAAGACAAGCUAGAAGAUAAAUUAGGGUCGAAAGAGCUUUUUUCCAAACCAUAGUAUAGUUUUUUGAAAUUUUACAAAAGGUUUCAAUCAAAAAACAAAAACUAUGUUACACUUGAUGGAUAACAUAACGUAUUACUUGAUUUCUAAGAAUUUGCUGUUAACAAUUUUAAAUCAUUAUAAAAAGUUGAAGAAGAUAAAACAGCAUGUAAAAAGUUAUAAUUCAUGUUUGUUUACUACGUAUACAUAUAAGUACACGUCGACUUACAAAAGGGGAAUAGUGGUUAAUAUUAUUGUUGUUUUUUACUUUACGUUUGCUGAAACUUAAAAUAAUAGCUCUCUUGUUUUAUCGUCAGGUUAAAUUACUUUCUAAUGAAUGUGUUUUUAGGAGAAUUGGCCGUGAUUUAUGUCGAACAUGCGCGAAAAUGGAGAAAUUAACCGAGUUGGCCAAGAAAAAGUCGUUAUUUGAUGAUAGCGCGGCCGAAAUCAAUGAACUAUCGCAUAUCAUUAAACAAGUAGGUCUAUUUUUUAGUUUGUGUUUUAAUUUUAGAUAAUUGAAUGUAUGGUUAUUGAGGUUUUAAGCUCUUAGGGCGUCAAAAAUAUAUUAUUUAUUGCAAUUUUUGAAAGGUAAUACUUUUGGAAGCUAUGGUAAAAUACGUGAAAACUAGACACGCUUUUAUAAAAAAGUUGGAAUAUAUUAUACAGCGUUUUUUUACAGGACAUUCACGGCCUAAACGGUCAAAUAGCAACGCUACAACAGCUGAUGAAGAGUCGUCAACAAUCCGCCGAGCAAAGUCAAAAUCACUCGAAACUAGUGGUUGUUGGACUUCAAUCCAAGCUGGCCAACCUUGGAAACAACUUCCAGUCAGUUCAGGAGAUCAGGACUGAAAGCUUGAAACAGAAAUCGAAACGUCGUGAGAAGUUUAGUCAGUCAAACAACGUUUCUUACGGGUUACCACCUAAUGGAGGUAGGAUAAUAUUACUUUGUUUUUUGAAAGCUGAAGUAGUAAGAUUCAUUGAUAAAAAGGGUAUAGCAAUGCUUUUUCUGUCCCACAGUAAAAAUUCACUACUAAAAUUUUGGUUAAAUAAACUAUGCUAAUCAUUACAUUGUUAUAGGGUCAUCACUAUUGAUGGAAGACGAACAACGAGCCCAAGGCGGAACAGUCGCGGUAGAUAUGGAUAGAAUACAAGCUCAAGACCAAAUGCUUUUAAUUGACGAGUCAGAACAGUAUCAUCAGAGUCGUUACAAUGCCAUGGAGAGUAUAGAAUCGUCGAUUACGGAAAUCGGUCAAAUUUUCAAUCAACUAAGUAUGCUGGUGGCUGAACAAGGCGAAACUAUUAUAAGGUAAGGGAUAAUAUAUAUUUAAAAGGUGGCUACAAUUGUUGGCUUUGUUUUAAAAGUGGUUGGGGUUAGAUUGAAGGGGAUUAAGGUAGAGGAAUGUCAAGUUUUGUUCAGUGUAAUUUGGAAAAAUUGGGUAUGGGUUACGGAAAUGGAUGUUAAGGAUGGUUUUUUUAAUUUUAAAUGGGUUGUAAAUGAUGUAGAAGAUAAUAAGCUGUCUUUUAAGGUAUAUAAAGUUUAAUAAUAUUUUAGUUGAACUAAUGUAACAUUGAAAAAUUGUAAAAAAAUACAAAAUUUUGAUGAAAAUUUUAUUUUUAACCUUAAUUUUCGCUAAAUCAUGAUGUUAUUUUAGCUGUUUUUGAUAAGUCAUACCUAAUUAAAGCACUAACAAAGAUAAAAAUUUAAUUUUCAGAAUCGACGACAACGUAGAACAGGCUACAAUGAACGUGGAAAGCGCUCAUCUUGAGCUUCUCAAGUAUUUCAACAACAUUUCGAAGAAUCGAUGGCUGAUGCUCAAAGUUUUUGGUGUUCUAAUGGCCUUUUUUGUCUUCUUUGUAGUCUUCUUAACAUAA